GAAAAAUACUCAAAUAAUGAAAAUGUAUAAUAAUUUAGUUGAACGAAUCCCUGUGGAAAUACUAUUUAAUAUUUUUCGUCAAUUAAGUAUAAAAGAUUUAGAAAAUUGUUCACUUGUUUGUAAACAAUGGAAUACUUUGAUUAAUGAUUUAUAUUUAUGGUUGCCUAAAUGUUAUCAAAAAUUAUAUGAACACAAAUGGAUAGAUAAACAAUUAAUUAAUUUAUUAAAAUUAUGCGGAAUAGAUUGUAUUAAAGUAUUUUUUCGAAAUUAUAUUGAUAAAACAAAUAAAUUACAUCCAAAAUCUGGUUAUUAUAUGCGAAAAUUAUUCUAUUAUUUACAUUUAUUACCAAGAAAUAAUUUAAUUUCAUCAAAUCAAAUUUAUUCAUAUAAUCAUGAAGAGAAUAUUGUUUAUUAUAAGUGUAUAAUAAUUGGUCCAGCUAUGGAUUCUUCAAGAGUAAAUCAAAGUAUAAUUAAGCAUAUAUUUAAAUUAUCAAUAUGGAAUCAGUUACCAGAUGAUUUUAUUAUGCCUGAUCCAUAUUUAGGCACAAAAACAAAAUUAAUUGGAAAGAAUAUUAUGAUUGGAGUACCAAGAACAAAUAUAACUCAAGAUAAUAUUACUAUAGUUAAAAUGACUUGUAUUAUACCACAAAAUGGUGAAUUAUUAAAUAAUCAGAAUAGAAUAUCUGGCAUAUAUCUAUUGGAUAAUGAAUUAAUUCAUGAUAGUAUAAAUUUUAUACCAGAAAUAGGUAAUUUAAUAAAAGAAUAUCAUAUGAUAAUGUAUACAAUUGAUAUAAGAAAUUCAAUUAUUAAUCAAUUAGACUGGGAAUAUAUUGAAAAAGAGAUAAGUAUACUAUUGAAUAUACUUCAUGAUGAUCAAAGUUUAUUAAUUAUUGGUGUUACUGAUGAAUAUGGUCAACAGGAAUGCUUAACUAUUAUUGAUCUUGUAGAUAAACUUCAAUGUAUUUUAUUUAAUCAGUCUACAAAUGAUACAUUAGAAGAUGAUCUAAUAUUAAAUAAACCAUCUUUACAAUGGAGGUUAUGGUUGACAACAUCGAAUGGAGAAGAUUAUGAUAAUUUCACGGAAAUGAUUAACUGGGGUUUGUACAAAGAUAUAAAAUAAAUUUGAUGAAUUGCAGUUUGUUUGUUUUGGUUUUUUUACACUUUUUUCAUUGGUUGGAUCGACUUAAUAGGAUCCGAUUGACAUGCAUGGGCCACUAUAUUUUCAUUUUUAUUAUUUAUUGUUUGGGUUCCUAGUGGAACAUAGGGACUCAGUAGCACGCCUGCAUUGCACUCUGUUCUAUGCAGUUUUCAAAACCUGUCUCCACCACUACCCACAAGCCUUCAUUUCUUCCUGACAUUAUCUCUUCCAUGUCAUCGUUUCCCAUUUGGCUUCUACUCGACAGCCUGACCUGGUGCAUGAUGUCCCUGAAUGGUCUUCUUAGUGUAUGCUCAAUCCAUCUCCACUUUCUUCUGGAUAUUUGUUGGGCGGUAUUUUCAAAUUUGAUAUCACUGAUGAGUAGUGGUUAACAGUGGAAUGUAGGAUGUGUGUUCCCUUGUAUUUAGGACUUACUAGCUGUAUGUACCUACCUAUCUCCUUGUGAGUGAUAUCACUCCAGUUAAAACUAUACCAUACUUAUCGUACAAGAAGUGGCAACUGUGACUCAGUGGCCUAGUGGGUAGCACUUCUGCAUCUGAAUCAAUGGGCCACAUGGUCGAGUCUUAGUGAAAACAAAAUCACUCACUGAUAGGCAGUUACGCCCAGCUGACGAGUCCUAAGUAGGACGAAACAACAGUCCUGGAUCCCUCUGCUAGCCAUUAUCCAGUAUCAAUCAGCUGAUAAGAAAAAAAGUAAGACAGUAUGAUAAAUGUUUUCUUUUUCUUGCAUUCCACUAGCUACAAUUCUUUUCCAGAGGUAACUAGGCUUUCAGAAUCAUCAAGACUAUAUGUACGGACGAUUACGAUCGUUGAUUAUUUACGUUUAUUCAUGCUGUAGACAGAUGUUAAGAUUCUACGACGCUGGAUAACAUUUCUUCUCCAUGUUUUUCUAUCCUUCAUCCUGAUGAAAUGUGAUAACUUACGGCAUUAUGCAAUCAUGCCACAGGCGAUGAAUACUAUAGUUGGCCAUCUCGCUGACUAUUUCAGUUGAUCACAUAAUCGAUACGAACAAAACAAAACUUAAUCCAUCAUGGCUUUACUUUUCAUCUGCAUUUUUUUUUGAGAACACUAAGUAUUCUAAUUGUGUACUAAUAUCCUCUUUGAUAUUGACUACUAUUGUGGUUUGUAAACUAAUGUUUGACCUUGAAAAUCCCGUAUCGAAUACUUAAUAAGUGAACUGUAUCUCAGUGUAAAGUAACAGUUUGUUUAAAUUAUUUAUCGCCCUAUAGCGCUUAAAUUAAAUGUAUUGAAUGCACUCAUUUUGAUUUGAUCGAAUAUUCUAAACCGAAAAAUUUAUACAACAAAAUGUUAUUGAAUAUCAAACAAAACUGGAACACAUUUAAAUUUUAUUGAAAUAAUCUGUCAGAAAUUUUAUUAGAUUUAGACAGUAUUCAUUAUGAAUUGAUACCAGUUGGAGAAUCUUUAGAAAUCUGAGAGUACUAGUAUUGGAUUCCUCAGUAAUGCGUACCCAAAAUCUCGUCAAGAGUAUUCAGAUCUUACGACAAACGCGUUUUUCAUCUAGCUACUGGUUCACAGGAGUUCAAUGGUCCAAAUUUUCUUGCUUCUUAGAAUUCGUGGCAUCGUGUAACUAUCCAACAAAGUCUCCAUUAGGUAUCCGUUUCAUUUGUGAAUCGGUCAACUUUAGUGGUUAUGGCUUCUCAUCAGAACUUUGAAAUAUCUUUCUUGAAGUAUAUUGAUAAUGAACGAUAAUAGAGCAGUUUAGUUUGGAGGUAGAUUUCAGCUUGGUUUGACACAAGUUUAAGAAUCACUAAAAGUCAUCCAUUUUCUACACACGGACUACUGAAAUGAAUAAUUAGCUUGUUUGUAUUGACAGUUUUACAAUGAGAAAUAGAUUUCAUUAAAUGUUAAUGAUAAGCCUUAACUUUUUGGUUGUAUUGUGUUCUCUGAGCUGGGUUGUUUAAUCGUGAAGCUUUCAUCGCCUUGCUAGACGACAUCAUCAGCACUAACUUUAGUAUGAAAUGAGCUGUCAGCAUCUAUCCGUGAGUGAUUUAGUGGCUUGCCUCGAUGAUAUGGUCUGUGACUGGUUGUUUCCUUCGAUUGUUGUAUCAUCGAUUGUAUAGACUUUCCUGUUGGCUGUUCCUCUGCUUCAACUCGGACCUUUCUGUCGUUUAUCAUUUUUCGUAUGGGUUGAUAGAUCGGGUCUAUGUCUAUACAUCUAUUGAUUGCUGACUGACCUGAAUGCCAAGCUUCUAGGAAUUCUCAGACAUUCUUUGUGUUUCCUCUGUCUAUAAUUUCUACAUUGGUCAGAAUUAAUAUAUACUGAUUGCAUUAUAUAGUGGUUCGGUGUAAUUUUCAAAACUAUCAAACAUUGUAGUUCGACCCCUGGUUUAAGAGAAAUUAAGACUUAACGUACAAUACCGUGUACUACUGAAGAUGAACAUUGAUAAGGAAAGCUUAUUGAGAUAAAACUAUAGAGUGAGAGAGAGAGAGUUGGUUUCCUUUGUGAAUUUCAUCAAUGAUGCUUAUUGUUAUCCUAUUGAAAAGUGAGUAACUGUCAUUUCAUUUGUCACUAUUGAAUAGUUAAGCUAGAAUUUCAAAUGAUCUUACAUUAUGAACAAUAUAAGCCAGAGAAAUUAUUGAAAAUCUGUUUCAUUGUGGUAUACCACAAAUUUAAAUGGCAAAUAGUGAUUAACUGAUGACAUGCUCAUCGUAGGGACUAAGAAGCCAGAGAUAGAUAACACAUAGAGGAGUAGGUAAGCAGUACGUAAGAGUUACAAGUUAGGAUGAAAAAGUUGUUGAGUGCUGUCAGACUUCUAAUGAUUCCUUAGUUGAUAUGGACCCAAGACGCUGUUUUUAAAAAAUCAAUGCAUUGACACCAUGAAUGUGAGAAGCAAAUAAGCUAUAAUUAACAACAAUUCUGUUAAUGUUAGUAUUUUCCGUAGUUGUAGUCAUCAUUGUUGUCCUGUCUGUGUUAGUCAUAGUAGUAGUGUGAGUAGCAAUAAUAAUAAUGACUUUAUUCUGAAGGGUAUUUUAGGAAUACUGCAAAGAAUUUUUAGCAUGUCGUACGACAUCGACUGCUCAGAAAUAGUAUAUAUGUAUACACAAAAAAAGUAAAAUAGGUGGAAAUUCUACAUAUAAAAGAUAGGAAUGUUUACUCCAUCUAGAAUAUUUUUGAAAAUGUAGAGUUAACUUAGGUAGACAAUCACAUUAGUAAUUAGAUUCAUAAGGCAUAAAUAAUAACAUGCUAUGUACUCAUCAGUUAGUUUGCUUUGAAAAACAGAAGUUGAUUAGUGUUAGUUCAUUUCUGACGCUUUCUUCAUCGCACAAGAUUCGAACUGAAUCCGGUAUUGUAGAGUUUUUACAUUUAGUAGUACAUACAUAAACUCUUAUAUACUUGCAGCUUGUCUUUGUAGAUAACAGACAGGCAGAGAGCUUUGUAUGAUGCUGGUCAUCUAAUAAAAUAAUUCCUGCCAGAUGUUUAAAACUGCUUUAACUAGAAGGCUUAGCGAUAAACCACUAGUUCUGCUGAAAAUCUUUCAAGUUCUACGCAAUACACAGCAUAGUCUUUUUCAGCAACCCAGGAAAGUAUAAAGAGGGAGAGUAGAGAAGAAUAGGCAAGAUGCAAGAGUUUAUAAAACACAAGAAGAGAGGCUGAGUCAUACUAGAUACUCUCAGCUUCCUAACAUAGUUGGUUAGGCGAAGGAUUAGCUUGGAAAUUACUAAGAUGUAGGAAAAAAGCGAAAGGUCCUAGGAAAAAAACGCACCAAGAUAAAUCCCACUUGAAACAGUCUUUAAUACACAGCCGUCAACAGAACAAGGAUCAUAAGACUGAAGCAGUUUACGUAGAUUCUGGUGAUGUCUGAAACUGAAGUUUAUGGUCUGACAUUUUGAAGAAUUAAACACAAGACCAUUUACAGACGGACAACAUCCAUCAGUAGAUAGGAAAUAAUUUAGUUGGGAAGAAUCUAUUGAAGAGGAGACAGAUAUGCAAACUGUCAGGUCAUCAACAUAGUUGACAAAAUUGAUGCUAGGUGAAGAUGAUAAGUCAUCCAGAAAGAAAGAGAAAAGAUGGGGUAAAUGAUCGCUGAUUACAAUGAGUUGCUGUGCAUACCUCUGUGAACAGUAUAUUGUUUCCUUUCAGAAAAUUAGGAAUAUAGCCAGUUGAUUAUCUAGGACUCCGUAUGAAUCCCGUCUAGCUUGUGCAACGGGAGAGGUCUUGGGACAAAAUCACAUGCUGAAGUAUAGUCUAAAAGGGCACACCUGGUAUACUUGGCAUUUUGGUAGAGAUUAUAUCAAUAUUAUGGAUAUAAGGCAGUGGUGGCAUCCAGAUUACUUCUUUUACCUUUGUAUAUGAACUGAUUGCGAUCUCCAAGACCUUUAAUUAGGGUUUAGAUACAGGUAUCAUUAAAUUCUCCAUUACUUUGACGAACGGAAAAAUGAGUACAAUCGGACGAAAUUUCAAACAUGUGCCUAAGAUCACCAGCACAAGUAUGAGGACUGUCUUAAUAUCUUUCGACGCGCCUGAUAUGGUGUUUUCGAAACGCA